AUGGCAGGCGGCCACAUGAAAUACCGCCAACUCGGCCGCGACUCAGCCCACCGACAAGCCCUGCUACGCAACCUGGUGACCUCGCUGAUCAAGGACGAGUCCAUCCACACAACAUGGCACAAGGCCAAAGAAGCCCAGCGACUCGCCGAGCGGCUGAUCACCCACGCUAAGAAGAACACUGAGGCCUCGCGGAGGCGGGCACAGGGGAUUCUUUAUAUCCCCGACGAAAUCCUCCCCAAACUCUUCACCGAGCUCCGCGAGCGGUACGCCGACCGACCCGGGGGCUACACACGCGUGCUUCGCACCGAGCCCAAGAGCCGGUACGACCAGGCGCCGAGCGCCAUUCUCGAGCUAGUCGACGGGCCCAAGGACAUGCGGUUUGCGGUGACGGCUGCGGCGGUCGCACGCGACCGGAUGUUGGGCAAGUCGCAUACUGAUUGGACGCGCAAGAAUAUUGAGAAGGUCACAAGGUAUCGGAAGGAUGGGAGGGGCGCGUUUGAGGAUAUGGUGGGGAAGGUGGAGGAGUUGAAUUUGGGGGGGACGGGGGAGGUGUCGCGGGAGGGGGCAUAG